UCGUCGCUACACUCUCAAGUUAACGUUGUCGCCGCCACUGUGUUCUACCGUUCUUAAUCGGUGCGUACGUGCACAAAUAUAGAUUUGUUUGACAGCGUAAGCAUCGUUAAUAUUUGUUUGUGCCGGGUUACGUUAGUCUGAGCGCACUUCCGCUCUCGUGCUAUCUUAGCUGGCUACUUAGCUUUAGCUCGUUAGCUGCUAACAAAGAAGGGCGGAAGUGACUAACACGUCGCCAAGCAAGAGAUUAAAUGUCAGCAUAAAGUGUUGAUAUUGCGUGAAAAUGUGCGAAAGAACGAAAGCAGAGUACGAGGAGAAACGUACUUCAACAAAAGAGGAGCACAAAGAACGUAAACUACUGGACGCUGUUUUCAAGAAACAUCAAGGUGUGUUACACAGAACAGAUGUCCAGCAGGCCCCCCAAUUUAAAGAGGAAAAGAAGGAACUGUGGAUCACUCAGGAGGGAAAGUAUCUUCUCGGGCAGGAGGAGGCUGAUCUCACCAGGUUUCCACUGACUGUUGUCUCUGUGAAGACUGAAGACCAUGAAGAGAAUCCACCUGAGUCCUCACAGCUUCAUCUCAAACCAAACGUCUGUGGGGGGCAUCUUCUACCCGAGCAGCAGGGGUGGACCUCCAGAAUGGAGCAGGAGAAGUCACAUCCCCCCAACAUUAAAGAUGAGGAGGAGGAACAUCGCAUCCGUCAGGGGGGAGAGCAUUUUGAAGGACUGGAGGUGUUCCCGUUAACUGUUGUCAUUGUGAAGAGUGAAUAUGAUGAGGUCAAAAGUGAAAGUGAGGAGAAGAGAGAGGCGGAGUCUUCAAGCAGCAGCUCAACUCAACACAUGACAACAGAAGGUGAUGGAGACCACUGUGGAGGAUCACAAGCAGACAAGCUCUUAGCUCCACUGUCAUAUAGUGACGAGACGACAUCACACUCUCCUGGCACUGAUGAUGAAAACUCUAAACCUGAUAAGACAUGUGACACUGACAACACACACUUUCAAUGCUCUCACUGUGACAAAACCUUUAAACACCGUCGUAAUUUGACAACACACACGAGAAUACACACUGGAGAGAAACAGUUUUCCUGUUCGGUCUGCGGUAAAUGUUUUCUACAAAACGGUGACUUGAAAGUACACAUGAGAAUACACACCGGAGACAAACCGUAUUCCUGUUCGAGCUGUGGUAAAAACUUUACUCAAAGGCAACAUUUGACAACACACAUGAGAAUUCACACCGGAGAAAAACGAUUCUCGUGUUCAAUCUGUGGUAAAUGUUUCAUUGAAAACGCUGUUUUGAAAAGACACAUGAGGAUACACACCGGGGAGAAACCAUUUGUGUGCUUGGUUUGUAGCAAAAGGUUCUCUCAGAAGCAUAGUCUGAAAAUGCACGCAGCAACACACACUGGAGAAAAACCUUUUUCCUGUUCAGUCUGCGCCAAAGGUUUUAUGGUAAAUAUCGAUUUGAAAAUCCACAUGAGAAUACACACUGGUGAAAAACCAUUUUCCUGCUCAAUUUGUGGUAAAAGUUUUACACAAAGUCAACAUUUGAAAAGACACAUGAGAAGACACACUAGUGAGAAAUUGUUGAGCUACAGUGUGUGUGAUGAGAGAUGAUCUUAUACGUGUGCUGGUGAGAACUGCAGCAGCAAAUGAAUCUGCAGGAUUUUAAAGACUGUCAAAACUUUAAUUUUUAGAUUAGUGUUUUUAUAUGUAGUACAUGCAAAGAUAUACAACAUUGUGUACCGGUAUGUAUGUGUUGGAAACAAAUAAAAAAAAAACAGUACAAAUCAAUUAUAUUUAAUAUACAAUAAUGUAUGUGUUCAGAUAUUCUUAAUUAUGUUUACACUUAUUCAUAAUAGUGUUUUCAAAUGUAUGAAGUGUGUUACAUAUUUUAAUUUUUACAUAUUUUAAUUUGUAAAUGAUUCCAUAGAUGAACAAUAUACAUAUUUGUUUUACAUUUGUUCAUACAUUUGCUUUUGAGUACACAUAAAUUCCUCUUAAUUCCUAUCAAUUGGUUCAUAUGGGAAGCAUCCUCUGGACCACUUCUGGAAGCAUAUUAUUAUUUACUUUAUACGUCAUUUGAGCAGUUGUGCAUUCCAUACUUGCCAACCUUGAGACCUCCGAUUUCGGGAGGUGGGGGCGUGG